UUUUUUCAUUGAAUAAAAAGUGCUCUUAACAGGUGAAUCGACACAAAUUCAUAUAAAUUCUGGCUACUUUGGCGGAACUUCAUUGGCUUGGCUGAUGCCAGAGAUGGGAAUUAUGAAGUUACUCUUCGUUCUCGUUUUUUUUGGAGUCGUUCUCUGCAAAGAGUCCAAAGCGAAGCUUCUUGAAGAUCCGAAACUCUUGGAAGGAGACAUUAUCCUUACAAGAAACCAACGUAUCUCUGCUAUGGGCAGAGCUGCAUCUAGAACCGGAAGAUGGCCGGGUGCCACGAUGGUAUAUGCCAUUGAUCGUUCUCUGUCUGUCCAUGCUCGUGCAAGGAGGGCCAUACGGGCUGGAAUGCGUCAAUGGAGUAGAAGAACCUGCGUCCGUUUCAGGCUACGAAGGGGGAACGAAAGGGCUUUCGCUUACUUUAUACGUGGUUCAGGAUGUUCAUCAUUUGUGGGAAGAACUGGCGGGCGUCAAAACAUCAACCUACAUCAUGGCUGCUGGACCACGGGAAUAGUGGCUCAUGAAAUUGGUGGGUACUAUGUGGCUCUAGGAGAAAACAGUCAUGUUCCAAGGACUCAUUUGCGAAAUAAACCUGCACCAAAAUAUCUUUUAAGGACUUAAGCAUAGCUACGAGUAAUUUUUUGGCAAAAAUGAAUCUUACACAGCAGUGGUCACCGUUUUGUUUUGAAGCAACCAUUACUUGAUUUAUUCAAAUUGCUUCAUUGCUUUUAUUACUGUGACUAUGAACCACUGUGCUCGGGUUGUCUGUUGAAAUUUGUGCUUUCCCUUUUUUUAAUAGAGAGAAUUAGCAAACAAUAUUUAUUAUCUAUCGCAAAGAAAAAAACAACAAGAACGACAAAAAGGAAGGGAUGGGAAGAAGCAAAAACUCGUUAUAUUCGUUAGCUCGCUCAGUCAUUAAGAUUCUUCAUUGACAUGAUUCAUGGGAGAAGAUGUCUACAACAGAACUUUUUUAAGGCUUUUGUGGGGAUUGUUCUUGUAUUUAAGAGGAAGGAAAACACAAGAUUAAUAUUACUCCCUGAUCUAAUGGUGUACUCAUAGCUAAACACAAGUGGUAGCCUGUGCACAAUAAGU